CACGCCGUAAAUUCAAUUCAAAACGGCUGCAGGUUCGUAUUGGGUAAUUCACAGCGAACAUUACAUAUAAUAUUUUGCCCAGUCAGUUGUUUGACUGGAUUUGUUCCACCUUGGACGAAACUUGCUCUCAUUCGAAAGUAGCACAUUUCUACCGACUUUUUGCCGAACGUGGCAACGGUGUUCAACGGCAAGUGGUGGAUGCAUACACAGAAUUUACAAACAUCUGGUCUUUGUUAUGGUGCACAGUGAAUUUGUUGCGAGUAUUCAAAAGUGUUUUCAGGUUGUUUUAGCGGCAAUUAUAGCAUUGUUAUAAUUGAUAGACAAUUUUCAAAGACAAUGGGACGUCGGAAGUGCAUUCUUUGUGGAGUUAGCAGUGAAAAAACUGAGGCAACCUUCCACAGGUUUCCUAGUGAUAAGAAAAAACAAGAAGAAUGGUGCACUAUCCUCAAUAUUGACAUAAAUGAUUUACCACUUCAUGCCUUUAUUUGCACAAAUCAUUUUCACAAAAGUGAUUUAAUAGAAGGCAAAAGAACUCAACUAAAGCAUUCAGCAGUUCCAUCAGUAGAGCCUUUGAGGCAAACAGAGAUUUUAAACACAUUCAUAGAAGCAAAAGGUGACAAUGAGGAAGAUAACCUCGAAGAAAAUGAUAGUGAUGGUGAACCUCCACGGAAAAGGUAUUAA